AUGCCUGAAACUUUCAAAGUUAGCGAAGGUUCUGCUAGUCCUCUCAUUAAAGUUCCAUUUCCACCAACUAUCGAUCCCCCAAAAUUGAUAACCUCUAAAGCGGACGGAACGUUACCGCGUUCUCCCAAUGCAUUCAUGAUCUAUCGUAAAGCAUUUGUUGAGGCCGUCAGGGCUGAAGGUUAUAGCUUUCCGAUGACCGUCGUCUCUGCAAUGGCCUCACGACAAUGGGAACAAAUAGAAUCCGAAGAAAUCCGCGCAUACUAUAAAAGGCUCGCUAAGGAGGCGUGCGAGUAUAAGAAAAAGAAGUAUCCGAGUAAAUCGACAGGUAGUCGUAGGAAGAGAACAGGGUGGAGUGUCAUGUCAUUCCGAGAAAACAGAAAAGAAAAAAAGAGAACGCGAUUAGAUGAGAAAGAGGUUAACUCGUCGACUUUAACAACUAUCCAUUCUGAGGAUGCCACUCAAACUUUUGGAGAUUUUAGCUUUCCAAACUUAUCAUCUGAUACAAUCGCGUCGACUACUAUGGAACAAUUACAUGUAUAUAAUAAUUUGUUGAAUGCAUACCCGAGUCCCGAAUUUUCAGACACCUUUUCCCCAGAUUUUUCAUCCACCAAUAAUAAUUCCUUCCCAGAAUUGUCAAGCCCAGAAAGCAAUAACGAUCUUUAUUUGGAUUUUUCAACUUCCAACGUUAAUCUUUCACCGGAUUUGGGAGGAUUAUUCGUUUCUUCAGAUGCUCAAUCUUCAAACAUCUUUCAGACUGAGGAACAAGAUUACAUCGAUUCGCAAAAUUUUAUCGAUUCCUGGGAGCUUCAAUUUCUCUCUGAUAAUAUUUUGAUAAAUAACACUGCCGCACUCGCUGCAACUACUCCCGGGAACGAUGACGAAUUACAAACCCCUAGCGAAGCACUUUACACUUUUGAUAUUUGCGAAUACCAAUACUGA